AUGAAAAGAAAGUUUAAAGCAGAAGAUGUUGACGAAUAUCAAACAUUUAGUAGUUUGAAUCAAUUAUAUAAAGCUGAUUUAAUACAAAUAUGUAGAGCGUUAGAGAUCGCAAUCAAUGAUGGUGUUACAAAAACAUUCAUCAUCAAUCAAAUAGUUAGUCAUUAUAAUAAUAAUAAUAAUAAUAGUAAUAAUAAUAAUAAUAAUAAUAAUAAUAAUAAUAAUAAUAAUAAUAAUAGUGAUGGUGAUGCUUAUUUAGAACAACUAGAAAAAGAGAAGAAUAGAAUAUACACAGAACAAGAGUUAUUAGGUCUUAACAAAUACAGAGUCAGUCGUAUAUGUGAUGAUUUAAAGAUAGAGUAUAGAGAAAAAGAUACAAAGAAGAUAUUGAUUCAAUAUAUAUUGGUACAUCAAAAGACAGAGGUUAAACCAAAAUCGUUGAGUGGUGGAUACUCGUUACCUUGGUCAAUCAUUGCGAGUAUUCUCACACAGGCUUGGAAUGAUGCAAAGUAUUGUACUUGUAUCUAUCCUAAAGAGCAAAUACAACUACAGAGAGAGUUGAAUUGGAACGUUUACAGAGAUAGCUAUACAUUCCAUAUUCUCGGCAAACAAUACAACUCUAAAAUCGGUCAAUUUACGGAACAAGUCAAAUCCAACAAUCAACACUGCCCACAACAUGCAAUGUACUAUAGAGAUGAUUCAUUGUAUCAUCCAUGGGCUAAUUCAUCGGUAAACAAUAUCUAUCUAAUUCUAGUACAAUGGAAGCAGACUAUGUUGACCAUCUCCAAGAAAGUAUUCCAUCAUCUCUCCACUACAAUACCUCGUACUUUUACUCUACCAGAGAGAGACCAAGCUAUGCAAAGAGCAGUAUUUGAAAAAUCAGUUUGGAAUCAUAUCAACAAUCAAUACAAUGGAAUCAAAGUUGCAAAUAGAAUCUAUAUUUCAGGACCAAAUCAAAUGUAUCUUGAUGCACCACCUUGGCUUGUCAAGUCGAUAGAACGCGUAACAUUUGAUGCAUCAACGACCCACAAAAUCAAUAAUGCACUUGUCAAGAACCUUGAAAAGUUUGUCAAUCUCCAAUCGAUUACAUUCUUUGGGUCCAGGUAUCCUUCUGUCACUGCGCUCAGACAUCUCACCACCAUCUCUAUUGACAGUGAAUUCACCAAUGGUGAAUACAUUGAAGAAUUGGUCAGGUCAUUGGAUCGUCCAAUGAGAAAGCUUAUCUUUUCCAAUCCAUCGGCCAUAUUGCAAGCAAAAGAUAUUGUACUAGAGUCGGUACAAGUUAUCAAAUUGAAUGCCAUAACAUGUACAGUGACAGCUACAAAGUUUUCGACAGCCACAGAUCAAUUAUAUUGGAGAUUUUUAGAGAAUAAUCAACAUGUCACAAGUAUCAGAUUGAACAAUAUACAAUGCCGAAAUGUUUAUGAAACCAUUGAAACAAUCUCUCGUCAUCUUCAACAAUCCAAUCUUUCAAGAAUAAUGGCUUAUUCUAAUAUUGGUUUGUCAGACAUCCAACAUCAAAAACUCAUUCAAUCAAAUCUAUACUUUAAUUCAUCAAAAGAUCUGAGUCUUGGACAAUCCGAAAGAAAAUAUAUAUUCUAUAGAAAUGACCAACAAAAUAAUCUAAUCAUUCAUAAUAACAUAAAUAAUAAUAAUAAUAGUAAUAGUAAAAAUACUUCUAUCACAACGAUCGAUAAUAAUAAUUCAACCCCUCCACUCCUUCCAACGCUAUCAAACAUAAUUAUUUACAAAAUCAUCAAAUUAUUAUGGAAUAGUAUGGAUCAAUGUAAUUGUGAUUUUCCAAUUGUGAAAUCAUUUUUUGAUCCAAAGAGGAGUAGGCUUGCUAGAGACAUUCUACUUUUAAAAUCAAAUUUUGAUUUUGAAACAAUCCAAUCAAAUUGUCCGCACCAUUGUUGGUUCGAUCGAUUGAUUAUAUACCCAUCCUCUCUCAAUAGAUUCGAACAAAAAAGUGUCUAUCAGUUGAGACUAUCAAAGUUGUCAACCAUUUCAAAAUCUAUUCGGUCAUUUGUAUUUAACAAAUUAUUUACAAAGUUUCCUGAAACCAAACCACCAUUAUUACAAUUCAAACAAAGUCAACUAAUCAAAACAAUUAAAAGAAUAUCGAUUGGGCAUCCCAGAUCAGGCGAUAUAGAUCGUCUACAAGAUGCCACUAGCAUAAGUUUCUCUCGAUUACCAAUCAUCACCAAACAACAUCCAUUCAACAAUCUUAGAAAACUUAAUCUUAAUGGAUUGGUUGAACAUGACGAUAUUGAGAUAGAGAUGGCACAAUUCAUUUCCACGUUGGAAAUGCCACUUGUUAAACUAAUACUUCCUCAUUACAUGCAACCAAUACUACCAUUUUUGGCUCGACAUCUAAGACCAACACUCAAACAAUCAUUGGAGAGAAUGGAAGUGAAACAAGAUUCAGAUUUAUCGCUCUUAAAACAAUUCCCAAAUAUCAAACACAUCAUUGUUUCAGAGUCUACUGAUCUAUCAACACAAAGCAUACUCAAAACCCCAUUCGUCUCUAAUCGAUUGACCAAACUGACCACCUAUCACAAGGACAAAUCAUUUAAUUUUCUUCGAUCAAACCAGUCUAUUCACACUCUUGUCAUUCGUGUUCCAACUCUAUCAAAUUUCGCUCUACCGUGUUGGAACAACUCUGUCACUGGGUUGGAUCACAUUCAAAAUAUUUACUUUAUGCUUUCUCCAGGUUGCCCGAUGGUACACUCUACACUUUAUAAUAAUCAAUUCAAUCAAUCAACCAUCUUAAAGAAAGGUAAACUAUUUAUUCUUUUCAAUAGAAUCAAACAAUAA